AAUUGGAUGGACUUACCCACGUGACACACGCGAUACGGCGGCUCACGUGUGACGGGGUUGGUUUUGCAACCGAAUAAAUUAGUGGCGUCGUCUCUCAAUUUGCAGUUGUAUUUAGUUCCUCAUACUUUAUUGCUCCUUACUGUAUUCUGGCAAAAAUAGUCCAUUACAAGCCGAACGCCCGCAGUGCAUCAUAUACCCGACUGUUGGUCAAUAGGAUUCGUCGCGGGUACCAGCACCCAGGCGGUAAAAGACGAUAUGACACUGGCAAAUUGGCACAGACCAAACCACACUAUUACGUGGAGACCAACUUGGCGUCUGCGUUGCUCAAUUUUCGGAAUCUAAAUGUUUAUGUUGUCGGUGAGGUGGGACAUCCCCAGGCUCGGAUAGUCCGAAUUGUUCACAUAUCUGAUACUCGUGGCACUCACGAAGCAUAUGCCGAACACAUACCACGCGGCCACAUUCUUAUCCAUUCCGGAGAUUUUGCUCCUAAUCCACCGCAUCGGGGUCUUCGAAUGCCCAAGUGGUACCGCCGAAUCGGCAACACUUUCUCGCGUUCUCCAAAUGAUAACAAUUUUUGUAGCUGGCGAGAGCAAGUGGAUGAGAUAAACCGUUUCUUUGCUCAACAACCGCAUGAAUUCAAAAUUUUCAUUCCAGGCUGCUGGGAAUGUUGGAGUUCGAGCUCCAACCAGGAUAUACCUACAGCAGAGAAGAUACAAUCCGCCAUGAACUCGGGUAUCUACCUUGAGGAUGCGUCAUGCCGGAUAUUGGGUUUGAAUAUUUACGGCAGCUCAUGGACUGCCGCAGAUGAUUUGCGACCCGAGGAUGGUGCCUACAACAGACGCCAUCUGAGUUGUUUCCUGCGGUCAAAACGUUCCAAACAUUCCGACGAAAUCUCCACUUCUGAACAACAAGUUGUCGAUUUCUCAUCCAUUAACUCUUCUCUUGCUCGGACCCACAAACAAAAUAGGUGCUAUACUAGAGCCGAUGGCUUUGUACUACCUGAUAUCAAGGAUGUGGCCGCAAAGUGGGAGCAAAUCCCUGAGGAUACUGAUGUUGUUGUGACUCACAUGCCCGCCUGGCGCCAGGAGCUGUUUGCGCAUAUUGCCGAACGCGUCAAACCAACAUUGCAUUUAUGCGGGCACGAUUUCGCAGGCUACGGUGUGAUGUGGAAGCGUGACACUCUAUUUUCCAAUGCUGCGCUGCAACUCAACUCAGCGUUCCCUCAUGUGAUGGGCUUCCGGAAGACAGAAACCAGAAAGUUGAACCGUCCAACGGCUGAGACGCAGUCAUCGCCCUCAUCCAAAGCAACCUCGGCGGCAAUCAAUCAGACAGACUGUAACAGCAGCAUCACGCGACAUCCAUCCUCUUUUGAUCCGGAUUUUCGUGAGCCUUCUCUGUACAUACCUAAACCUAACGGACGACCAAGACCGCCUCGCUGGCAAAGGCGCCUCCCUCGGGCACUGUCCCGCUUGUUUCUCAGUGGUGGUGGUGGUAGCGGUACCGGUGGUACCAGUGGAUGCCCUACCACCUGCUCCAUAUUUCGCCGUUCACUACGCCCGCAACAUGCAGUACGAGUUUCCGAGACCCAUAGUUCUAGAGCUGCCGCUACCCAUGUUUACGCAGAUACCGGCUUUAUCUACGAUCCUGACAUGCGGGCCGGUAUCGGUGCGAUGGCCAUCGCUGAUUCUGCUUGGGGUAGUGGCAGUGGAGCUGGUUACUCUGGUGGCAGCACCGCGCUAACCGGAAGUACCCUUUGCUCAUCCAUUUGCAGACGCAACCCCAUUGUGAUAGAUGUAUAUGUUGUAGGUGACGAUCUGUCUCUUCGUCUGCCUCCUUAUGCCCAUGCAUCUGAGAAUCCCCCACACUCCACUGAAGCCCUCACAUUGUCUCAUUCCCCUCCAGUACCGACACUCGGUGACACUAAUGGGUAGAAGCCAAGUGUCACUGCACUUUGUAUUAUUCCCUCUCCUACCUCUGUGCGUUUUUCUCUGUAAGUUUGACUUAACCUGUUUGCGCACUUCUUUUCAAUAUACUCCUUUGUGUGUGUCUGCUGUCUGACACCAUGAACCUGUUUCUAUUCACUCGUCUGCAUUCCAGCCGAGUGUGUGAAUGCCAUUCCCCCCCCCCCCCCGAAUUGGCACCAAACCCAUGUCCCUCAUGUACAGAAAAUAAGUGGAUCUCAUAACACUUACGCCUCUGCUAUCAACGGCAUUCUUGUGACUACAUUCCAUGCUAUGAAUGAUUCCAUGUCCAUAGUUGAUGUAGCAUAUAAUGUGCCCAGCCACUUCAGUAACUGUACGCUAUCACCUACUCUGCGUCUAUUAAUCAGCGAAUACAGACAAUCCUAUUCCAUCUGCUUGCCGACGCUCAUCAGGAGGUUGUCAGUCUUGUUACGCGAAGUCGCUC